AUGUGGAAGUCACCAUUACCAUCCUAUCUCCUAUCAGAGCUUCCGCUCCUCAGAAGCGGGCGCUGUCUAAGCUGCCAAUUCCGAAGCACUGGGGCACUCUCUCAUCUCCGCGCGAAAUCCUCGACGAUACGCCACUAUGCCUCUACAACUGGCACAAAUGAGUCGAAACCGAACAAUAGCAUUUCCGAGGCGACGAUAUCCUCCCCGCCGCGCAGAGAGCCCCAGCCUCCGCGACGCGGCGCCCAGUUCCAACAAAACCCGGAUAUGAAGCCCCAGCCUGGCGAUGCGGACUUCAAGCCUCCCAUGUUGGACCGUCCGAUCGGAGCACCCACGCGGCCAAUGGCUGGUCAGAAUACAGGGAAAGACACACGAUCAUUGAAGCAAAGGCGAGACGAUUUUGUGGACUAUGAUCGGCAUCUUGAGCGGCGGAAAGAACUGACACGCCAAGUCGCCAAACCCUACUUCCGAGAAUGGUCAAACCUGCGCUUCCUAGAAGGCAAAACCUUCGUGUCAAACCCCCGCCUCUUCAAAGGCGACAAGGCCCUAUACUUCCCCAACAUGUCCGGUAUCACACUUGCCGAGCCAAAAUAUAAACAAGACACAACGCCAACUUUGUUUGGCAAUAUCAGCGUGGUGAAGUUGUUCUCCAGCGUCUGGGCAGAGACUCAGGUAGGAACAUUCACAGGGCCGGCGCAGAACCCCCGGAUGGCGGAGAUUCUGGCCAAGAAUUCUCAAUUCGCGCAGAUGGUGGAUAUCAACUUGGAAGAGAACCGCAUGAAGGCGGCACUGGUGAAGAUGUUCAUGUGGAGCAUGCGCCGCAAGUUGCCCGCCCAGCAACACUCGCGGUACUUCUUGGUGCAGAAGGGCUUUACCGAGUCUCUCAAGGAGGCCGUUGGCAUGAUGAAUUCGAAGGUCGGCUACGUGUACCUUGUGGACUCGGAGUGUCGUAUCCGCUGGGCUGGCAGUGGCAAUGCUGAGCCAGCGGAGAUGGAAACGCUGAAUACGGGCUUGCAAAAGCUCAUUGUAGAGAGAAAAGCCAUCUACGAAGCUGAGAUGGCAAAUCGCAAAUAA